UCGCAUCUUCUACCAAUCGCCAACAACCCACGUUGCGCGAAGCAGCCCAACAACACAGCGCAACGUGCUCACACACACACAGACACACACACACACAGACACACACACAGACACACACAGACACACAGACACACACACACACACACACACACAUUCACCACACACGCACACCUAUCCAAGCAUUGUGAUGUCGUUGUGGAGGAAGCUGCGAGACCCGUCGCAGGUGACGCAGCAAGUGCUGCGAAUCAGGCAUGGACGGCGAGCGUCCCACCGCCAUUGCAGGCGGCACGCACACACAGGUCGCCGUGUCCUCGCACAAGACCAGCACCAGCCUUCACAGCAAGUGAAAGUUGCGCUGAGGGAGCAGCCGUCGCGAUCUGCUCUCAGGGUGGGCGUCGUUCGGCCAGCAGACCAGCCAUACAUGUCCCUUCUGGAGUCUCGCGUCGUGGAUGGAGAAAAUUGGUUCUGCGUUCGCAUGACAGGCGGGCGCUCGGGAUGGGCCUUGCUGCCAGAUACCAUAGCUCAGCCCCUUGUCGACUCCACGACAACGUCUGCUUCCACGACCUCCUCGUCUGACGCCGCCAGCCGCCUGCCCUCACAGACCAUCUCAACUGCAGAAGCAUCAACUACAACCGCGUCAAACACAGGGUCAAUUUCACCAGCUUCAACAUCAACAUCAGCAGCACCAGGCAUGCUGCAGAGCAUGGUGCAGCAGAUGGCGGCCGCCCAGACGCAAAACCACGACGGCGACAGUGACAGUGACAGCAGCAAAAACCAAACUGCAGCGUCGCCACCAGUGACCUCCAGUGCAUCUGCGUCAGCGUGGGGCAGCCCUGAUGAACAGCAGGAGGAAGAUAACGAGCACUAUGCCAUGUACGGCGUGACCCCCGAUGAAUUGGAGCAAGACUUGCGUCAUUUCAGCGAUGAGGACGGCGAUUACAACAACUUUGACGCUGAUGAUGAUGUCGGUGGCGGUGAGCAGCAUGAGCAUCAGCCUCCGAGCCACGUGAACAUCACGCAGCGGCUUCACCAGGAGCGAGAACAGAACCAACACCAGCCACAGCACCAGCCUCUACCGUCAUGGCCGUCGCCAUCAUCGAUUUCAUCCUUCUCACCGUCGUCCCCUGCAACCCAAUCGUCGCAAUCCGCGUAUUCCUCGCAUCCGUAUUCGCGCGACGCGUUUGAUGUGGUUGCGCAGAAGAUGCGUGCGCUCAACACCGCCAUCCACAUGGAGACCAUCCCGGCGCCCAGCACGGCGGAGGAGCAGCAGCGCAACCGCCACGUACUUGCCCUCCGUCUGCGGUCGAUACUCGACGUCCUCUCCUAUCACCGCCGCAUUGCUGGUGUUGACGCCAGUCUGGAUGCGCGCGUGCUUGCCGCUGCCCUUGCAGGCCUUGCCCGCAUCUCUCCGCGCGUGUGGCACAAGGUGCUGCGCCAUCGCGGGUUUGCAGUCCUGUGCCAGCAGCUGGCGGCCACACGCAGCGUUGCGCUCGAUGAUGCGUCCAGCGUCCAGUCGGCCGUCAUCAACCUCCUCAUGAGCCGGCGGGACCGGGGCCAUGUGAGCACGGGUGUGCUCGCAGAGCUGCGGUCGUGUCUUGAACUUCGUCGCGCCAUGCAGCGCCUGCUGGAGGGCGUCAUGACAGCAGCGUUUGGUGCGCAGUCCGCCCUUGAGCACGGCCCACCCGGACACGCCGACGACGCUGUUGAUGACGUUGAUGACAUUGACGACUUUGUGGAUGAUGUGGAUGAUGUGUCCGAUGACACCGCACAGACGCGCGCGGGUGGCGAUGAACGCGUGCGUGUGUUGGCGCAGUCUGCUCUUCUACACUCCAUCUUCCACCUUGACAGCCCGCUAAUCUUUGAAGCAUUUGACCGCCACAUCUCCACCUCCAGGAAGGCUGCGCAUACAGUGGAUGUGGAAUGCAUUCGCAAUCUCGCCCUCGCCGUCAAAGUGGCUGCACAGGACUACACGCGGCCUCCCGCCUCCCAGCGGCAGCUGAUUGGCACCGCCGUCGCCGCGUUUGUUGCCCGCCAGGACGCACCCCAGAUGCUGGUGCCUGAACUCGAGAACCACACGACGUUGGCGGCGGUGGCGCUGAUGGCAACACAUGUCAGCGACAGCAGUGACUGCUGCGCUCUUCUCGCGCCCGUCGUCGAAACCGCACUCGAGCACGUGGACGAGGCCCCGACAGCAGCGCUCGGCGUCAUUGCGUGGUCGCUUGGACGCGUCGACGCAGACCACCGUCCACACCAGGCUGGGCCGUACCUGGCUGCGGUGCUGCGGCUGCUGCGCAUGCGGCGCGCUGCCGUGCACAUGACGGACGCAUACAACGCGGGCGUGACGAGCGGCACCAUCCUCGACAGAACCGUGCUCGACCGAGCAGCGAUGCGCGAUCUCUUUGAUGAACGGGAGCUGCGCCGGCUCGCCAAGGAGGAGAGGACAGAGGCGGACACGCUGGACAAGGGCGCGCGGGACAGGGAGGUGGCUGGACACAAGGGGUCGCUGGAUGGCGAAGCGGCGAGUAGCAGUGAUCGCAGUACUCUGCAUGGCGAUGACGAUGAUGAGAGUGAUGCUGAUGUGGAUGAUGUGGAUGAUGUUGGUGGUGACCACGCUCGCUCAACUGUGCUGGUCACAGAGGAGGGUGUGCGGGUGGAGUUUGUGGACAACAAGCCGGUAUUCCCAGAGAUCAGCGGCUUCCUGCGCUUUUCGCCGGCCGACAUGGCCAACCUCGCAUUCGCCGCAAAGAACAUGGGCGUGACGGAGCACAGGGCGUUUUCGAUGCUGACAGGACGCGACCGCCACUCCAUGUUCCGCUACCGGUCCGAUUUUCCGGUGAUGCAACUCAAGGCGUCAAGUCUCGCCGAACGCACGCACUUUGAUAUGGCGAAUCGGUUCAUCACGGAGGCGCCGAGUGACCGAUCUCUCGCCACGCAGCGCGCAAUGGCCCAGCGCCAGCUCGAGAAAAUGGCUGCACGCGGCGAGGAGCUGCAGGCACUUGAGGCGGAAGAAGAGAACGAGGACGAGGAGGACAUGCACGAUGAUAAUGACGUUAACCUGAACCACACCUCUGGUGAGGAUACUUCAUCCUCCUCCUCCUCCCCCUCAUCAUCAUCAUCAUCAUCGUCAGCAGCAGCAGCUGAGAAGAAGUCAGGGAAGAAGAGGAAGGGCAAGAAGCUGACCAAGGAGGAAGCUGCACUGGCUGCUCUGCAUGUGCAGCGGGUGCUGCGUGGCGUGUCGACGCUGUACAUUGACCGAAUCGUGCGUGACAGCACGCUGCUGGAUGUGCUGGGCGUGUGCAACGGCGUGCUUGCGCUCGCUUCAGACAACGACAUUGCACUGCGCAGCCGCGACACGCUCCAGCGCAUGGUGGAUGAGCUGAGGAGCAAGUGGGGCGUUGGUGACAACUAUGUUACCGACACCAACGCGUUUGUGCUGAUGGCGGAAGCGUGCGACGCGGCUGUGAGCGAACUGACAGAGGCCCUGGCAGCGAAGGAGACGUUGAAGCUGAAGGAGAAGGAGGAAGCGCUGCGGCGGAGAGAAGAGCAAGUGCUCCUGCUGCAACGGCAGCAAGAGCAGCAGUCACGGCUGCACGAAGAAACAGCAUGGAUGGAUGACGUGGGGACAGCAAGAUCGGACGAACUGGCCAUGGGAACACAUCGUGAGACAAUUGAUGAGGAGGUGAUGGAUGAACAGCAGUCGCUCGUACAUCACCAGGGCAGCGACGACGGUGGUGAUGAUGGUGAGAAUAGUGAGGAUCAUGAGGUGCUGGCGGGCACGGGCGAAGGAAGUGGUGAGGCCGCACCAGGUGGCCAGCAAGAAGACGAAAUGCUCAGGGACACCGGCACGGGCGGGGAUGUGGCGGACGAUCUGUCCAGUGGCGAUGAUGCGCAAUGGUUGGCAGAUCAGCGAGUUGGCGGUGAUGGAGGUGACGGAGAGGGUGAGAGUCGUGGUGGGACAACGGGUAGCGAGGACGUGGUGGCGCCGCAGCACGGUAGUGGAGUUGUGGAAGGCGAAAGCCUGCACGAUCAGCUGAUGUCGAUGUGGGCCACCAACAGCAGCAGCAGUGUCAGUUCCUUAACGGCACCAGCAUCAUCUUCUUCACCACCUCCAGGCUCUCCUCUUUCUUCGACCGCUGCUGAAGAUUCAGCGCGAGUUGAUGGCAGCCCAUCGACAACACCGGAGGAAGCGGCCCGCGAACACGCACGCGCGCUCACCAGCCCACUCGUUGACGUGCUGACGACGAUGACGAAGCGUGCUGAUCAACACGUGCUGUCGCGUCGUCAGGGAACGCAUCGCGGCGCCCACGCCCGAUUCUGGACGUCAACGGGCACUGUGUCCGCCAUCCACCGCAGAGUCACAAAGGAUGCGGGGCGCCUUGGUCUCCAGACAACAACGAGAGCACAAGUCCUGGAGAAGCUGCUGAAGUUGAAGGGCCGCGAUUUGAAGAUGCUGGCCAAAGGACUCGGCCUUAAAUCGAGUGGGACGAAGCUUGAUAUUUCGCGGCACAUCCUGCACAGCAGUUUACGGCUGGAGGAAGUCGAGCAGCUGGCGCACAACCCACAUCUUAUUGAAGAAAUUCCACGCGAGUUUCAAUAGGCAAUAGGACAGAAGCAGAACGAGCAGAAGGGGAAGGGGAACGGGAAUGAGGAUGGAGAUGGAGAUGAAGUGGAGGAGACAUUGUGAGGUUGCGUGCACACGCGCAGAGUGUGUAUGUGUGUCUGCGUGGGUGUGCUUGAGUGUGGUCUUGUGGAGAUAGUUUGAUUGCGUGCAGGUGCAAGCAAGAUGCGAUGAUUCAAUUGCGAGUGCCAUGUUCUGAACGUGCACCAUAACCAAUAAACUCGGUCAUCACUG